AUGCCAAAAACCUGCGAGCUUACACCUUUUGAGCGUGAAAAAAUCGUAGGUUUAUCAAAGAGCGGACAUAGCAUAAGAAACAUCUUGGAAAUUCUUGGCAAACCAAAAUCUACUGUCCAUGAUGUAAUUACGAAAUACAAUAAAGAAAACUGUACUGAUACUGCACUUAGGAGUG